GCAACAGUCACCAUCAAACCCCAACCACCCCCAAAACCCACCAACCCACCAGCCAACAUGCCAAACCUCCACCAUUUCCUCACCCUCGCUCUCGCAGCAGCGGGCACCGCAACCGCCCACAUGCAGAUGAGCUACCCGCCCCCCCUCAAAUCCCAAACCAACCCCAACACCGCCAGCGCCGACUACAGCAUGACCUCCCCGCUGAAAGCCGACGGCUCCGACUUCCCCUGCAAGGGCUACCUGCCCCUUCUCGGCACGCCCGAGGGCGGCGCCGUCGCCUCCUGGGCCGCCGGCCAGUCCUACAACUUCACCAUCACGGGCGGGGCCGCGCAUGGAGGUGGUUCUUGCCAGGCUGCGCUGUCCGUUGAUGGCGGGCGGUCGUUUCGGGUGGUGCAUAGUUAUGAGGGUGGGUGUCCUGGCGAGGGGGAGAGCUCGUUUGGGUUUGUGGUGCCGGGGGAUACGCCGGCGGGGGAGGGGGCGGUGUUUGCGUGGACGUGGUUUAAUAAUAUUGGGAACCGCGAGAUGUACAUGAAUUGUGCGGUGGUGGAUAUUGUUGGGGGUGGCGGUGGUGCCGGAGGUGUGGCGUUUGCGAGCCGCCCCGGGUUGUUUACGGCGAAUAUUGGGAAUGGGUGUCGGACGGUGGACUCGGCGGAUGUCAAGUUUCCGGAUCCUGGGCCGGAUGUUGAUGCCGGUGCUGGCGCGACGGCGCCGACUGGGAGCUGUGGUUCGACGGGUGCUGGUGGUGGGAGUACCCCGGGUUCUGGCUCAGGGGCUGGAUCUGGUUCAGCACAAGGGAGCGAGCAGAAUUCUGGCGGAACCUCAGGUGAGCCCUCCCCUUCCAUCCCAACGGUUAUUGUCCCUGCCCCGUCCACCCAAGCCGAUCCGAUGCCGGUUACUAACGGCCCUGGGAAAGGAUGGACGCCCGGUAACGACUGGCCCGGCUGGUUUGAAUCUGGCGCCUCGAAAACAUCCAGCUGUGUCCUUCCGAUCGUGUCCUUUUGGAUGCUGCUUCUUGCAUAUCUUCUUGUUUGAGCAAAGUCUAGAGGUAGUUUUGAUUCCU